GAUCGAGUCAUCAUGGAUUCUAAGGGUGGAAAUCCGUUCUUAAUGGACGACUAUGCGGCGGAGCCGGGAGGCGGCUUGCCCCCGCAGGUCUCGAAUCCUUUCCUGCAAGAUUUCUCCGACGCGCCGACCACCGGCGCGGGCGAGAAUCCUUUCCUGAACUUCACCAGCGAUCAGACUUACGAGCCCGCGGUGUCCGUCGAGUCAACCAAUCCGUUCGCCACCUUCGGUAUCGAAAGUACCGCUCCGAGCACCGUGUUCGGCGCGACCGACAGUAUAAAUACGCCAGCAACCAACGUCUUCACUAGCCAAUCAUCCGACAUCUUCGUCACGUCCGAUAACGCGAGCGUGGAUCUUUUCGGCUCGAUGACGACGACGCCGACGACAAUAGAGGAGAAACAACCGCCGGCGGUCGUCAGUCCGCCGCAACAGCCGGCUACGCCAGCGGCGACGCCUCCGUCGAAGAACGGAAAACCGCUACCGUCGAGGCCGCCGCCGCCGCCAAGACCGCAGCCUCCGCCACCACCGAUACAACCGGCCGCCAAGAACACGAAGGACCUGAUACUGUCGGUCACCGGAGCCAUGGACGCAACCUCGAAUCAUCUCCUGGAUCGCCUGCAGGCGACGAGAACGCCCAGUCCGACGCUCAUGCACUCGCCGUCGCCCACUCCGGAGCACAGCUUUGCCGAUCUGCUGGACGUCGAUAGCAACGUGCCGGAUCUGAUUCCGGACGACAGUAAAAUCGUCGAGCCGCCGCAAAACCAGGACAUCAUGGAUCUCUUCGACGCGCCCAACAUGGACGUCGCCGCGAGCGUUAUCUUCUCCACUUCUAUGACCGCGAGCACCACGAAUCUGGUCACCGGAGUCCCGCUGACCACCACCAUCAAGGAUAAUCCUUUCGCGAGUAUGGCCGAGGACACGGUGCCGGUCUCGCAGGUGCAGCCUGUUUUUGGAACGGAAUACUCGGAGGAUGUUGUCAGUAACGAGAAACGGCCCUCUCUGACUUCCGCCACUCCUUUUGCCGACAUAGAAACGGAAGUCGAAAAAUCUGGCGCUGUCUUGGACUUCGCGGAACCUGCUCCCGCGGUUCAACCCGUGUCGACGGCUGCCGAGCUCUUCCAAGCAGCGGAACAAGCUUCCACCGGUGCCGACGCAAGCUUCUUCUCCGUGACGGAUACAACAACAACAACGCCGUUUGGCGUGGCCGAAGCACCGCCCGCGCCACCACCGAGACCAUCUUUCGCGCCAGCAGCAGCUGCUCAGCCCUUGUUCGCGACCUCGGAAGUCACACAACCCGUUCAAAAUGUCUUUGCUUCGGAUCUGCUGGGCGACUUUGGAGAACCAAUGAAAGAGACCGGCGGCGGCCUGAUUUCCACCAGUCCGAUCCCCGGAACGGAGUUUCCUGGAAAUGAGGCUUACCGGCCCGAGGAAGAGUUGGACAACUUCGCAGCGACAACGAAGGCAAUCGAGGACACAGGCGACUCGUUCGACGCUUUCGCGUCCAAGUUCGACAGAGCCGCCGAACCGGAAAUCAACGGUGGAGAUCCAUUCUUGGAUGCUUUCGGCGGUCCAACCGCUAUGGAUACUUCUAGCGACGUUUGGGGAGACUCGUCGGUGGCUGGUUCAGAAACAGCGAUCACCGGUUUUGGAGAAUCUGAAGGUUUCGAUUCUUUUUUGAGUAUGACAGCUCCACCGCCUGACGCGGCAGUGAAAAGAUCCGAGUCUGCGGAAUCGGACGAGGGACCGGAUUUCAGUGUAUUUAUCAAACCGAAGGAAGGAGAUCAGACGACAACAGCGGAAGGUGGGCCUGUACCCACGUUAGCACCGCCACCGAAGAGUCCUCAGGUAGCCGCGUAUACGGAUACCUCGCCGCGUUUCAAUCCCUUUGAUAAAUCCGGGAAUGCGCAGGAUGCUGUGGUAUCCGAAACUGCUCAGACAGCCGAAAUGGCUAGAACAGAUUCUCAGGAAACCCCGCCUACUCCUUUGUUUGACGAAGAUGUCAGCCAACCUCUCGAGGAUUUCCCGAGAUCGAUUUACUUGGGUGACGGCUGGGAGAUGCAAUUGCGACAACCGAAUAAGAAGAAGAUCACAGGACAACGAUUCUGGAAAAAGAUCUUCGUUAGAUUGGUUUUGCAGGGUGGCAGUCCGAUUCUCCAGCUGUUCAACAAUAAAGACGACAAAGAUCCGUUUCAAGAAUUACCUCUGCUCGCUUGUUAUUCAGUGUCGGACAUCGGCGCUCAACAAUUCGAUCAAUACGGAAAGAUCUUUACGGUGAAAUUGCAAUACAUUUUCUACAAGGAGAGACCUGGCGUACGGCCUGGUCAAGUCACGAAGGCGGAAAGGAUCACGAACAAACUCAGUCAGUUUGCGGCAUACGCUAUUCAAGGAGAUUAUCAAGGUGUCAAAGAGUUCGGAAGCGAUCUAAAAAAAUUGGGUCUUCCUGUCGAACACGCGCCUCAGAUCUCUCAGUUAUUCAAGCUCGGUUCUCAAUGUUUUGAAGACAUGAAACAAUUUUCCUGCACCGUCGAGGAAGCUCUCUUCAGGUUAUCGGCGCACCGAGACCGGGCGCUACAUUACAAAAUGGAAGAGGUUCAGGUGACGGUCGUAGAUGAGCUGUAUGUCGAGCAAAACGCCGAAGGUCACGUUGACAAACAGAUCGCACGUGUUCGUCUCUUCUUCCUGGGAUUUCUUUCCGGUAUGCCUGAUAUAGAAUUAGGAAUAAAUGAUAUGUGGCGACAGGGUAAAGAAGUCGUUGGCAGACACGAUAUUAUCCCCGUCGUGACGGAAGAAUGGAUUCGCCUGGAGAAUGUUGAGUUCCAUUCGUGUGUCCAGCAGGACGAGUACGAGAAAUCGCGGAUAAUAAAGUUCAAGCCGCCGGAUGCAUGUUAUAUUGAAUUGAUGCGAUUCCGUGUAAGACCGCCUAAAAACAGGGAACUGCCGCUUCAGCUAAAAGCUGUUAUGUGCGUCACUGGAAACAAGGUGGAGUUGAGAGCGGAUAUUCUCGUGCCGGGUUUUGCAUCCAGGAAACUAGGCCAAAUACCAUGCGAAGACGUGAUGGUUCGCUUUCCGAUACCCGAGUGCUGGAUCUACCUCUUCAGGGUGGAAAAGCAUUUCAGGUACGGCUCGGUAAAAUCGGCGCACAGAAGAACUGGCAAAAUUAAGGGUAUCGAGAGAUUUUUGGGCGCCGUCGACACGUUGGAGCCACAGCUGAUGGAAGUCACUUCUGGUCAGGCGAAAUACGAACAUCAACAUCGCGCUAUCGUAUGGAGGAUGCCCAGGUUGCCAAAGGAGGGGCAAGGUGCAUACACCACGCAUCAGCUGGUUUGCCGUAUGGCUCUCACUUCCUAUGACCAGAUUCCUGAAAAUCUCUCAGAAUACUGUUACGUGGAGUUCACGAUGCCUGCGACACAAGUAUCCCAUACAACUGCGAGAAGUGUCAGCCUCCAAAACAGCGACAGUGACGCGCCGCCGGAAAAGUAUGUCCGAAAUUUGUCGCGGCACGAAUACAGGGUGGGAAUCGAACAUACGCAAGGCGAAGGGCCGGGUGCAUACGUCACGGCUACAAUCGCAUCGAAGAAAAUCCCGGAAAGCACGCCGGAAGUUCAGGAAGUGGUCGAAACGCCGGCCGACUCCGAUUCCGAUUCCUCGGAGUAAUCUGGAUAAUCGAUUGCUAGAUCGACGCCGAUCGAUCGUCCGUGUUGUAAUAAUUAAAGCGGAAAGAAAGGGAUAGAGAGAGAGAGAGCUAAGGAGAACGCGUUACGUAAGUCGUUCGGUAGAGAGUUACACGGCCGACUUUUAGUCGUUUUUAAGAGGUGGAUAUAGAUAUUAUACCAUGAUGUACGUGUUAUUAAUCUGUAUACAGAGAGAAAAUGCGCGCGAAUCGGCUACGAAGCGUUUUAUAAACCGCCAGUAAUUACGAUAACCGUCGGACAAUUAUUCCGCGAUUUCGAUUACACGUGAAAGCGUAAUAUUUUACGCGAGCGUUUAUCGAUUCGGAAUUGAAUUCGACGGCGAUCGUUACGGGUGAAUAAAAUGGAAUCAGGUCGGCGUAGACUGAAGCUAAUCGAUUCGCAAGAAAACAUCUUAACUCGGCUCAAAACUGAUCGAUGAACUCAUGGAGGUAAUCAAAGCCAUACACGCCAAAGAAAUAAUUUGCUUAAAAUUUCUCGCAGAAUAAAAAAAAAAAUACCUAAAUUACCUUUGACCCUUGUCUUUUUUCGUGAUAUUAAAUCGCAUUAUGAAGACCUCAGCGUCUUCUUGACAUUUAUUAAGUAUCGUUAUUUUAAUGUUUGAUUCUCGUUUUAAUCACUUUAAUCAUCAUUUGUAAAAUAAUGUUGCAAGCAGGCGGUUUACGAAACAUUUUGUCCGCAUUCGCGCAAUAUAGUUGUUAACGACAAGUAAAGGAAAACUAAUUUGAGAUGGAAGGACAAUACCGCUUUUUCGUUCCGUUUAGCUCGUUAAGUCGUAGAACACUCGCGGUGGAAAGCUUUGUGUUCAUGUUGUGCGCCCAUGAUGUUUCAAAGGCUCGUCGAUAUUCUCAUAGAUGGUCGCAGGUGUUGAAAUUUCAUUGUUAAGAACAGUCGCGUGCUAUGCACUCUUUUAAACGGCCAGACGAUAAAUAUUACCGAGCAAUUACAUUUUUAUUCAAAAAAUUUAUGCAGGAAUUAUUUAGAUUAGCGCUGAUUUGUAUCCGUAAUUUUUUUUCGGUAAUUCAUGCAUGGAAACUGGAAUAUUUUUGAUAUUUUAAACUCCUUUGAUUGCACUUCAACGUUCGUAAAAACCCAAUAACAUUAUCCAAUUCGAUAAAUCAGCGAAAUAAAAUAAAACGUCGUCCAGAAAAGAAGAUAUAUUGUUAUGUCACGUCGUCGUUGCGAUCAGAGGGCAAUAAUUUGUUAGGCAUCGUUAUGUUUUUAUAGACGCAAGCAUAUCCCAUUGUUUGAGCUUAUAGAUGAUCUAUACAUACCGUUAUCUAGUCACUAGAUGCUAGGUUUAUCAAUCAGUGAUCGCGUGCGUUAUAGAUUUUGUAGGAUAGUGUGUGGACAACAAUAAUAACGCGGUAUCGAUGUGCAAUAUAUUCGUAUGAUUGAGAGAAAGAGAGAGAGAGUGUGUGUGUGUGUGUAUCGAUGAGAAUACAUCUAGUCUUUAACAAUACUUGUUUAAGCGCUAAUGAUAAUCACGAAUAAUCUGUAAGCGCUUGUAGCGGUAACGUAUCGUAAAUUCUAGACGUAAGUUUCCGUUUUGUUAUCAUUUUACUUUCGUCUUUUUCGAUCGGUAUGGAAUAUUGCCGACGUGCAUAUAAGCAGCAUCCAGUACAUUAGGAUUCAGCAUUGACGGCUAUACAAAUGAUUAUAGCUAUACUGACGACAUAAUCACUUCUACUAAUAAGUAAGUACAUAGAGAGAUCUCCAGUAAUUGUAUAUAUAAUCUCUAAAAUAAUCUAGUCGCGUUUUUAGGAAGUUUUAGGAUAUAUAGACUAAUAUUUAGAGAGUAAGUUUUAGUUUGCAUUUUGAAUUUUUUGUUUACACGUUUCUCAACCUUCACGAAAAGGUCAGAAGAGUUGAUUCUAGUCCCUAGCUAUUAAGUGAAUCGUAUGACACGGACGGACAUACUGUCGAUCAUACGUUAAUUGUUAAGGUCUAGAUUAUAAGAUUCGACUAAGCGACUUCCGCCGGUAUUUGGCAGCAGAUCCCACAAGAGGCAAGCAUACAAAUUACUUAUACAAUUAGAUGUACGAUUGAGACGAACAGAUGCGUCUGUUAAUUGUUAAUUGCCACUCUGAUCCUCUCGGCGACACAUAAAGCAUACUUCUUUGUAAAUUUUUCCUCAAAUUAUAUUUUUGUGCAAAGUUGAUACGAUGACAAAAUUGUCAAUUUUUUAAGAGGUGAAAAAGAAAACAAUGUUUUAUAGUGUAAAAUGAGAACAUAAGUAUAUUAUAUGACUGACUAAAAGCAACAAAAAGUUUUACAACAUAUUAUUUUAUCCGUAACACAAUUUUUAGCAAGUCAAAUAUCACAACUGUGUUUAUAAUUUAUAUACAGCUUUAUACUAUAAAAUUAUUUUAAUUAAAAUAUAAAUUAUAUAUAGGUAUAAAUAUAAAUUAAAUUAUAAUUUUUUUACAACAGAUUUUUCUUGGCAGAUAGAAAUAUUUGUACAGUAUAUUAUUACUGCGCCGAAAGUUUUAAGAAAAUGCGCGCAAAAAGUCUACAAAUUGUAUUUGUAAACGUCGAAUCCGAUGCUCCUCGCUCUUUGAAACAGCGCAAAGCUUUUCGAGCUACAGUGUCAAGGUUUGUUUGAGUUUGGUAUCUUAAACGGAUUUUGGGCAAGUCUUUCUCAAACGGAAGCUUGUACCAAAACGUGACGUUUCCAGCUCGUGAUCUCAAAAUACGCGUAACCGUAUCGUCAUGCGAUGCAGAACGGCGUUCGUGUAUCUAAGCAAAAAAAAAAAUGAAGCAUAAAUACAAGACAAACAUUACAUGUAUAGACUUUAGGAAAGAAUAAGUAGUUAGUGAAUAUAUAAGUAUGGCUCCAGCAUGUUUACAAGAUUUUAAGAGAGAAUGGAUGGUAAUGAAGAGAAAUCAUAGAGAGAAAGAGUGCGCGAGAGAAAAAGAGAAUAGGAUUUUGAACAUUUAACGAAGGAAGGUUGAUAAUUGUCACAUGUUUAUUGCAGUUCUGUCCACGUUUGCCUCUCUAAUAGCUUUUCUAAUCCAGAAAGAAGGAAAUUGUAAGAGAACGCGGUAAACAUACACAGUUAUAAAAAUGUUAUGAAAAUUAUCUCUAAAGUUAUUAACUUUAUAAAACGCACUAUAAUACAACUUGUUAAUUUCGUUUGUAACCGUAUUUUAAUACAAUCACGUAAAAUGCGUUAAGCCCCUGAAAGCUCAUCGUAGCGGUAUGAUAUAUAAUUCGAAUUAGUUUUGUGAAAAAUGUGGUGGUAUUUCUGUAAAAAAAAAAAAAAAAAGAACAGCUUCAAUGUUAGCAUGUAUACAGCGAAAAUAAUGAAAAAUAGGCAUGAGACUAGCAUCAUGAUCUCCGUUGCAAUAUAUUAAUGUGUCAUGUACAAGUCGAUAAACCCCUCGAGAAGAGCAUUAAUUAUCUCCAUAUAAGUUAAGCAGAAGGUAGGCGAUAUAUAUAUAUAUAAAUCCUGUUGAUUCAACUUGAUAUAAAAAAGUAAAUUGUAAAGGAAAUAAUAAGACGUAGAAUAUGAUAUAGCCGUUGCCUCCUCUCCUUGUAUUGAAAAAUGUUCUGUACAGGUGAAAAAAGUCUGUAAAGAUAAAGUCUAGUCAUGCUUUUUUGUGAGACCGAUAUAUAAUAUUUAGGGGAAAUACGAAAAAUGAAGAUAUCCCGUGACAGAAGGUGUGUGACAUAGAAUAACGCGUGUUUCUCCGAGCAUGUUGCUUCUUCUCGAUACCCGCACCCGAUCGCCCUUAAAUGAAAUCAUCGAAGACAGCUUUGUUCUAGCUUACGCUUUUUACCGUGCAGAUGUAUUUGUUAUGAGAUUAAAUAAAGAGCUUUUCGUA